AUGAAGAACCACAAAGGGACGGCCUCGGCUUUUAUCGGGGUCACGGAUGAAGGGCAAGAACGUGGGGUUUUAUUUCUCACAAGCAUUGCAGUCUUCUGGCUUAUUUUACUCUUCUAGCUCCUUAUUUCAUUUUACGGAUUCGAUCACACCGGAGGUCUCGGCCAGGCAAUCACAUUCAGUCAAAGAGAGUCAACUAGAAUGCGUCGUGCCCUAGUCCUAGCCCUGGUCUUGGCCGUGUGCCGGGGAUACCCGACCCAAGAAAAGCCGGGAGCGUUCGAAGAAGGAAUCGAGACGGCGUACAAGUGGGUGCAAGGAUGCGGAGAAAAGGACCUAUCGUUGUGUCUGAAGAUGCGCGCGUUGACCUAUGUGGACAGGGCUCUUAGGAGGCCGGAGGACAUCGACAUCCUCGACGGGGUCUCUCUCGUCAGGACGGAAGCCGCUUCCAGGGAGGCGAACGGACGGGCCAUUUCCGAAGACGAGUUGGACGCGACUUUACCUGCAAACGCGGAAGACAAAGACGCACAGGUCGAGACAAUGCUCGUCGACAGGGUCGCCCGGUUUCUCCAGACCCACACGCUCCAGUUGAAAGUCCCAGAGUCUUCCAUCAACGAAGUCAGGAAAUCUCUCGACGAAGCUAGGGGAAAGAAGAAGAAGUUGAAGAUGCUCCUUCCUUUGCUUCUCAUGUUGAAAAUGAAGGCCGCAGCCCUCGUGCCCUUGGCUCUCGGAGGUCUCGCCCUCCUCGCCCUCAAGGCCCUCAUCGUCGGUAAGCUGGCCCUUGUCAUCUCCGGCCUCAUCGGUCUGCAGAAACUCCUCUCUUCCAAACAUCACACCCAGAGCUACGAAGUAGUCGCCCAUCCUCACUACACGGAAGAACACGGCCACUACGGAAGAUCACUCGGCGCCGAUGUUGCCUACAAAGCCUACGCGCCCAAACAGGAAUAAUAAUUAAGACGAACUUCGACCUCAGGGAUACCACGUCCAUCAGUCCAAUAUUUAUUAUAUUUAUUAUUAUUUAAUUUAAACAAAAACACAGACAGACUGACUAGACGACUUUGUAAAUAGUUUAAUGUUAAUAAAAAGUAUUUUUUAAA